AUGAAUUUCGGCUCGGAUCCUCACUACUUGGCUUCCUCCUACAGGAAGAUUUUCGGGGAGUCGCCCCGUUACUCCGCCCGCUUGGGAGGCUCGGCGGUGAGCAGCAGCUACCGCUCACAAUCUGUGUCGCGCAGCAGCCAUGCCGUUUCCUACCGGCUGGCGCAGGCGGAGAGCUUGGACCUCAGCCAGGCGGCGGCGGUCAACGACGAGUUUCGCCUGACCCGCACCAACGAGAAGGAGCAACUGCAGGGCCUCAACGACCGCUUCGCCGGCUACAUCGAGAAGGUGCGGCAGCUGGAGCAGCACAACCGCCUGCUGGAGGCUGAGCUGGGCGCGCUGCGGCAGCGCCACGCAGAGCCGAACCGCCUGGCCGAGCUGUUCCAGGGCGAGCUCCGCGAGCUGCGCGCCCAGCUCGACGAGACCGAGGCCGCCCGGGCGCAGGCGACGCUGGAGCGGGAGCGCAUGGCCGAGGACAUGCAGCGCCUGCGGGCGCUCUGCGAAGAGGAGGCCCGCGCCCGGGCCGACGCGGAGCAGGCCUUGCGCGCCCAGCAGCGGGAGGCGGACGGCUCCACCCUGGCGCGCAUGGCGCUGGAGAAGAAGGUGGAGGCGCUGCUCGACGAGGUGGCCUUCCUGCGCAAGGUGCACGCGGAGGAGCUGGCGGAGCUGAGCGCCUCCCUGCAGGCGCCGCCCAUGGUCGCCCUCGAGCCCGACUCCGCCAAGGCCGACCUGACCGCGGCGCUCAAGGAGCUGCGCGCGCAGUACGAGGCGCUGGCCGCCAAGAACCUGCAGGCGGCCGAGGAGUGGUACCGCGCCAAGUUCGCGAACCUCAGCGAGCAGGCGGCGCGCAGCACCGAGGCCAUCCGCGCCAGCCGCGAGGAGAUCAGCGAGUACCGCCGCCAGCUGCAGGCGCGCACGCUCGAGGUGGAGAGCCUGCGCGGGGCCAACGAGUCCCUCGAGCGGCAGCUCCACGAGAUGGAGGAGCGGCACAACGCCGAGGCGCUCAGCUUGCAGGAGACUGUCAGUCAGUUAGAAAGUGACCUGAGAGAAACAAAGAGUGAAAUGGCUCGACACCUGAGAGAAUACCAAGAUUUACUCAAUGUCAAAAUGGCCCUGGAUAUAGAGAUAGCAGCAUACAGGAAGCUGUUGGAGGGUGAAGAGACACGCUUUAGUACUUCUGGCAUCAGCAUCUCAUCUCUAAAUCUCCCUUCCAACCCCAUUUACUCCUUCCAACCCAGGCUCUUUAGUUCAUCUGUAGUCAGCAGCUCCAAAUUAUCUCCCACUCUCUCUUUUAAAAAAGAGGAGAAAGAAGAGGCCAAGUUGGCUUCAAAAAUCUCAUCAAGCCAGGUAGGGGAAGCUUUUGCUGAAAUGAUUGAAGAGACCAUAACAUCCACUAAGAAAACGGAACGAACAAACCUGGAAGAAGGGAGCAUUGCAAACCAAAAAAUGUAA